AUGAGAGAUUGCGUGGCGGACCAGGGCUCCUGCGGCUGCUGCCUGAUGUGGAGAGAGAUGGACCGGCUGACGACGUACUUCAACAGCACUUUGAACGCGUUGGAGGACGAGUACCAACGGACGACGCGCAGCCUGGACCGGAUGGAAGCGAGCCGCAGCGCCUUCUCCGUCGCGCUCACCGCUAACAACAAUUUGAUCUGCUUCGGCCCCUUCCCCUCCGACGAGCUCAUCACCUAUCAGCACGUCUUCAUCAACCUGGGCGGCGGCUACAGCGCGGACACCGGGGUCUUCACCGUUCCGCACUCCGGCGUCUACAGCGUGGCCCUCACCUCCUACAGCGACGCCGGUUCCGCGGGCAACGUCUUGGCCGUCGGCGCCGACCUGCUGGUCAACGGGCAGACGGUGACGGGAAACAGAGAAAACAACCAGCAGGACCAGGAGGACAGCGCCACCGCGGUCCUGGUCCUCCACCUGGCGGCGGGGGACAAGGUGGCCGCCAACAUGCCCGCCGGGUGUUUCCUCUGCGACGACCGCAGCCACUACAACACGUUCAGCGCCUUCCUUCUUUAUCCCACUGAAUAAAUUAGGGAUGCAUAGUGCAGCGUUGUUGUUGUUGUUGUUUUUUGUACCGACAAAGUACAAAACAAGGUACUAACAAGGUUAGAGUCUGCUAGAAGAAAUAUUUCCGUGGUGCCCUGCAAACUAUGCAAUGUGUGUGUUUUCUUGCUGAAAUUAUGUCUUGUAAUGAUUUUAGGA